AUGGCGCCAGAGAAUAAUCCUUCAAUGCAACCCCGAGACUUCCAGCCCGUCCGGGCCUGCAUUUUCGACAUGGACGGCCUUCUCAUCGACUCGGAAGACGCCUAUACCGUCGUCACCAACACGAUCCUGCGGGAAAACGGCCGUCCCGAUCUGCCUUGGAAAAUCAAAGCGCAACUGCAAGGUCGACCCUCUCACGCCGCGGGGAAGAUCUUCCACGAGUGGGCCCAGCUCCCGAUCUCGAGAGAGGAUUUCACGAGGAGGCAGACAGAGUUACAAGCCGAGGCGUUUUUAAAUUGCAAACCGCUUGCGGGUGUAGAGAAACUGCUGAGGAAGUUGCAAAGAGCGCAUGCGAAGAGUCACAACGGAGCUCCCGCCUCCCCGGAACCGGCGUCCAAGAAGAAGGUCCACCUCGCGCUGGCGACGAGCUCGCACUCGAAAAACUUUGAAAUAAAAACGAGUGGGAUGAAAGACCUAUUCAGUGUCUUCCCCCAGAGACAUGUCAUCUUGGGUGAUGAUCCUCGAAUACCCAAGGGGAGAGGGAAGCCGUUACCGGAUAUUUACCUGUUGGCGUUGCAGGCUAUCAAUGAGACCUUGAUGGUGGAAGGCGAAGGAGAAAGACCCAUCACGCCGGAUGAAUGUCUAGUCUUUGAGGACAGUGUGCCUGGAGUCGAGGCCGGCAGGAGGGCAGGUAUGCGAGUCGUAUGGGUGCCACAUCCGGGGUUACUCGACGUAUACACCGGGAGAGAAGAGGAGGUUCUGGCAGGACUGACCGGUGAGCAUAAAGAGGACGAUCUGGACCACACGGAGGGCGUGCCCCUCAUGGGUAGUCCCGGGUACCCAGGAGAGAUCAUGGACGGAUGGGCAGAAACGUUGACCUCGCUGGAGGAAUUUGAUUUCUCCAAAUAUGGGAUUGAAGUUGGUGAUGAGAGAGACGCUUCAGGAAACGGCCGGCCCACCGUCGACGGCAUGACGGACAAAGAGCUGGAAGAAAUGACGGCGCGGGCGGAUGGUAAACGGCAUGCUCCCGAGGAACCGUCGCCUUCGCCCGUUGCCAGGACAAGGAUAUGA